UUGCUAUGUGAUUGUCUUGCAAUAUAUCAAUUAUCGCAGUAUCGCUGUAUCUUGAUAGUAUCGCGUAUCGUGAGGUAGCUUGUGAUUCUCCCCCUACAGAUGAGUUCCUGCAAUUCCUUUAGAACAGGAUGUAAACUACCUACAGUGUGUGCAGCAGCAAUGCGUGUACAGUUGCAACGUGACCCUGCUAUUUCUGCCGGGACACCUUUGGCGAGGACGAUAAACACUCCACCUGUCUCCCCCGACGCAGCCAAACACAACCUGCAAUCACACCUGCCCCACCCGAAAGGGCAAGAACGAGGCUAUAUUAAGACGGUCCCAAAGGUGGCAUUUCCCAGACCAGCGAUGACGCGUUUGCACGUCUGUGCUGGCUCAGCUGACAGCGACGGAGGCCUGAUCUGGGACACACCACAGCAAGCGGCACCUUUCGCCUGGGAAGAUCCCCUUUCAUCACACAGUAAAGUUGAGGCAAAGCUCGUCAAAACACGUCCAUCUCCCCUCCAUGAAAACACACGCUCAAUCCCACGGUGUGAUCCGGUGACCUUGGCUUCAGAUCGUACCACUACAAGGUUGUGGGGAGGUAUCCCAGCAUCCUUCAGUCUGUCACCACUGCACUGCAGCCUCACCAGUCGAAAGAGAAAGGGAGAGAAACAGGGAGGUGGCGCCCACAUCCGAUCACUAUGGCAACCCAGCAAGACCAAUUUUUCCCAGCCUGCAAGGUGUUUGGUGAGCGGAGCAGCUGCUGUAUCUCGGAGAUGAUUUGGAGAUGAAGUAGCACCUCUAGCCGCCCACGGCCUGCAUGCUAACGCCUGCGUCAAUACAUCACUGAGGGACUUUUGGAGUCUAUAGGAUAUAUCUUGUAUACAUUUUUAUUAAAAGUAAAAAACCUAAUGUUUUUAUGUUCAUUAUGAUCAUGUCUUUAUGAAUUCCAUCAUUAUUUAUUAUGGAAACAAUCACUUAAUAAAAAAAUGACUGGAUAUCACUAAAAUGUCAACU